CGGUCCAAACAUGGGUGGAAAAUCAACGUACAUUCGUUCUGUAAGUCGCUAAUAUCUAACUUUAUUUAUACUGGAUACUGCUAGCAGUUCUAAACUGUUCAGCUGUUCUCCCUGAGGUCUCGUGUAACGUAUAGCCUAAACUUACUACAGCAAUACAAUAUAGCUCUGCCAGUUCUAAACAAGUCCCUUUAGAGGUCCAUAAGGCUAUCUGGACCAGAUUUACUACAGGAUGAAACCUGGAAGAAACCAGCAAUGCUUGGCAGAGUUCAAAUUGGAAGUGCUCUUCUCGCAUGCAAUAGACCUUUCCCCUUUUGAGUGAAAUUUUGAUCUAGACAAGUCUAGACAAAAAAUUCAUCACAGCUUGAAAGAGCAUCACAAAAUUAGUAAUAUUCCGAAGUUUCGUUGCGAAAUGUUGUAAAAUGCGGAUAAUAUAGCCUUGCGAAGUUUGCCGUUUUUCAGUCAUUUGGUAUUACAAACGGGAAAUUGAUAAUCAAAUGAUCAAACUGAUGCAAAAUGUUAGAUUGUAAUGCAAAAUGACUGAAAAACGGCGAACUUCGCAAGGCUAUAUUAUCCGCAUUUUACAACAUUUCACAACGAAACUUCGGAAUAUUACUAAUUUUGUGAUGAUCUUUCAAGCUGUGAUGAAAUUGUUGCCCAGGCAUAUCUAGAUCAAAAUUUCACUCAUAAGGGGAAAGGUCUAUUGAGGCGAAGUUAUAACCGGAUAACUGCACAGGAAUAAAAUCCCAAUCAUAGAGAUGAAAGACAAAAGCAGUCGAUUAUCUUCUCUAGGUAAGUGUCGCAGUUCUGAUGGCUCAAAUUGGAUGUUUUGUUCCCUGUGAAGCGGCAGAGAUCUCUAUCAAGGACGCCAUAUUAGCUCGCGUAGGCUCUGCGGAUAGUCAGCUCAAAGGUGUUUCAACUUUCAUGUCGGAAAUGUUGGAAACAGCAUCUAUACUUCGGGUACUUGUAGUUUGUAUCUACUUUAUUGUAGCCAUAGUUGUACCAUACGAUACUGAGCCAUACCAUACCAUACUUUGCCAUUCCAAUUCGCCCCAUACCGUAUUGCACCAUACCAAACCAAACCAAACCACACCACACCAAAACUAUAUUACGCCAAACCACUCUGCUACACCCAAUCACACUGCACCAUAGCCCACCAUACCACACGAUGCCAUACCAAACCACGUCAUACGACACCCUACCAUGCCACACCAUUACCAUACCAAACCAAACCAUACCUACCAUAUCAUACCAUAUCAUACUUCAUUAAAAUUACUUCAGGAUUAACAACUGUUCAUUUUGAUAUUUUAUUUUUUCCUAUUCCCUUCUAGAGUGCCACGGAAAAUUCUUUAAUUAUUAUUGACGAACUUGGACGGGGAACGUCGACAUAUGACGGAUUUGGUUUAGCUUGGGCAAUCUCAGAGUUAGUAUAAAAACUAAUCCAUAAUUUCCACCAAUUUUAAUAGUUCUUUGUCCUAAGCAGACACUGGUACUCAUUCAUCAACUGAGUCAACUGAGAGAGAACACAAGAGAGACUUAACUGUAGUAAAAUGUAUGCUGUACGAUGUGUGCAAUACAUUUUAUACUAAAUCUUUAUAUUUCCACCCAGGUUUAUAUCGACACGUAUUAAAGCGUUGUGUCUCUUUGCAACACAUUUCCACGAGCUCACCGCUUUGGCAGAUGUUGUCCCAACUGUUAGAAAUUAUCACGUGACGGCGAUGACUACUGGAGAUACUCUUACAUUACUAUACAGGAUUAAAACAGGUAGGGAAAGUCUUUGCGUUUUUUCAUUCUUGUUUUAGUUCAGCUUUCCUCCGACA